ACCUCGAUACACGGCACGGCUGGCGGCGGUCGUACCGCAUGGAGAAAGGCAGUUUCCACAAGCUCGUCGAGCUACUCCGCCCUUCGCUGGAAGUCAACGCCUGCUUCGGCGCACUGCGAUCGCCACGCAACGGCGCCAUAGCUGUGGAAGUUCGCGUUGCCGUGGCGUUGAGGAUCCUGGCUGGCGCCAGUUACUGGGAUGUCCUACUCAUGUUUGGCUUGUCGGUGGCGGUCACAUACCAGAUCUUGUGGGAGGUGAUCGAUGCCAUCAACAACACGCCUGCGGUUGGGGCAUUUGACUUCCCCCUGGCCGAGGAAGGAUGCAUGCGAAACGCCAACAGAUUCAAGGUGAGGCCUAGCGGUGGCUCCACGAACGACUGGGUGGCAUGGAAUCGAUCUUCCCUCGCCAAGGCCGUCGCCCGCUUGCCCGCCGGAUUUCACAUCAUUGGUGACGCCGCCUACCCCAUCGGAGAAAAGCUUCUGACUCCGUACCCUGGGAGGCAACUGCGGGCGGGCGAGGACUCGUUCAACUUCCACCUCGGCCAGCUUCGUGUCAAGAUCGAGCAGAGCUUCGGCAUCCUGGUUUCGACUUGGGGCAUUCUGUGGAGACCUCUCCGCAUGCAGCUCGGAGGACGCGCGGAUCUCACCACAGCUCUUUUUCAUCUGCACAAAUUCCUGCAAGACGAGAAGGUAGCGCCGAUCCAGCUUUCAGAGGAGGACUCCCGCAGCGGACUCAACCGGUCGGCCCUCUGUGCUACCCAGCGCACCUUGUCGGAUGGCUGGGGAACGGAGCCGACUCCUUCGAGGAGCGGUGAGACCCCGGCCCGAGCGGCUAUCCGCAAGGCCCUGGAGUUGAAGAAGCAGUGGAGGCCGGACUACAACCUCCAGAGGAAUUGGUAA